AUGGAGACCCCCGCGAUCGUCGCCCACGCCGUCCCCCCGCGCGUCGCCGCCGCCGUGCCCCCGCCGCUCCCGCAUCCGGAAGAUGGGCCCGCCGCCGGGGACGAUCCCGCCGCCGACGCCGCCCUGGCGGCGGCCAUCGAGCGCCUCGCGCGCCACGGCGCCGGCGCCGGCGGCCCGCGGAUCCACGCCACGACGCUCGACCUCUUCGACCUCUUCGCCGCCGGCGAGCGGCCCGCGGCGAGCCAGCCGCCGGCGCCCUUCCUGCCCCGCGGCCGGCGGCGCGAGGUCUCGGAGUCGUCGUCCGACUACUACGGCGUGACGCGCGUCGGGAACCGCGUCGCGAACGCGGCGGCGGGCGGGCCGCACGCGUGGCAGGCCACGGUCCGCCUCGCCAACGAGGCGCCCUUCUACGUCGGCACCUUCGCGACGGCCGAGGCGGCCGCGCUCGCGUACAACGACGCCGUCGCGUACCACGGCCUCGCGGCCGCGCGGCGGACGAACGAGGUCCGCGACGACGGCACGCUCGCGACGAAGCCGCCGCGGUCCAGCGAGUUCUACGGCGUCUACCGCCAGUGCAGCAAGUGGCUCGCGAAGCUCCGCAACUACACGACUUACGGCGGCGACGGCGCCGUCGACUACAUCGGCUACUGGGAGUCGGAGGUCGACGCGGCCGUCGCCGUCGACGCGGCCAUCGCCGCGUCCCACCCCUACCUGCACCACCGGCGCAACUUCCCGACGCCCGGUGACCUCGCGGCCGCGCGCGCGGCGGAGGCCGCGCGGCCGCCGCGCGCGCCGCCGGAGAAACGCGAGUCGCGCCACUACGGCGUCAAGUGGCGCCCGGGCCACACGCUCCACAGCCAGGGCAAGUGGGUCGCCUCCGUGCGGCGCCUCAUCCGCCACGGCGGCGACGGCGGCACGGAGCACCUCGGCACCUUCGACGACGAGGACGCCGCUGGCCGCGCGGUCGACGCGUUCACCUUCGCCAACCUCCCGUCCUUCUACGCCGCGGCCGCCAACUUCCCGGGGGAGACGCCGCCGGCCCGCCCGCCCGGGGCCGCGCCGGGCGCGCCGGAAGCCGCGGCGCGCGACGCGACGGGCGCCUACCUCAUCUAG